AUGGCGACGCGUAGCCAGUUCGAGAACAGCAGCGACAUCGGGGUGUUCGCAAAGCUGACCAACGCGUACUGCCUGGUGGCGGUGGGGGGCUCAGAGAACUUCUACAGUGUGUUCGAGUCCGAGCUGGCGGACCACAUACCAGUGGUGAAGGCGCCUGUGGCCGGCACACGGCUUGUGGGAAGGAUGACAGCAGGCAACAAGAACGGGCUGCUGCUCCCAAACACAACGACAGACCAAGAGAUGAUGCAUAUUCGCAACUCUCUGCCAGAUGAGGUCGUUGUGCAGCGGAUCGACGAGAGGCUGUCCGCCCUGGGAAACUGCAUAGCCUGCAACGACUAUGUUGCCCUCAUCCAUCCCGACAUGGAUAAGGAAACUGAAGAGCUCGUUGCUGAUGUUUUGGGGGUGGAGGUUUUCCAUCAAAGCAUUGCUGGGAAUGUUCUUGUGGGUAGCUACUGCGCCUUCACCAACCAAGGAGGCAUGGUGCACCCAAAGACCACUGAACAAGACAUGGACGAGCUGUCAUCGUUGCUCCAACUGCCCAUUGUGGCAGGAACGAUCAACAGGGGAAGUGACGUGAUCGGUGCGGGCCUUGUGGUGAAUGACUGGACAGCCUUCUGUGGGAUCGACACGACUGCCACUGAGAUGUCUGUAAUCGAGAGUGUGUUCAAGCUCAGGGAGGCUCAGCCCUCUGCUGUUGUCAAGGAGAUGCGUGCGAGUCUGAUUGACUCACUCGUGUGA